UGGAUGUGAUAUCUGGAGUAUUAGCUUUAAAUUUCUGGUCUCGGUCCUUUGCCUGAAAAAUGCUUUGUUUGUUUUUCAGUUCAAAGAAGAGAUUUCCAGGCGGUUUAAAGCCAAACAGGAUCAGCUGGUUCUGAUCUUUGCUGGGAAGAUCCUGAAGGAUGGAGACACAUUGAAUCAACAUGGGAUCAAAGAUGGGCUGACUGUACACUUGGUCAUUAAGACUCCGCAAAAGGUCCAAGAUUCAACAUCUGCUUCUUCUGCCCCUAACGCUGCUUCUGCCCCCACUGCAACCCCUUCUUCUCCUGCUGCCUCAUCUCAGCCUUCCACAUCCAGCAGCGCCGUUUCUGACGCAGGGAGUGGCAGCAGACGGAGCAGUGGGUCAGGGACCAUGGGGGGUCCUGGAGACGGAGGCCCUAACAGUGCUACAUCCAUCCUGUCUGGCUUUGGCGGCAUCACUGGGCUGGGCAACCUUGGGAUGGGCUCUGCCAACUUCAUGGAGCUCCAGCAGCAGAUGCAGCGGCAGCUGAUGUCCAACCCAGAGAUGCUUUCUCAGAUCAUGGAGAAUCCCUUGGUGCAGAACAUGAUGUCUAACCCUGACCUCAUGAGACAGAUGAUCAUGGCCAAUCCCCAGAUGCAGCAGCUCAUGGAGCGAAAUCCAGAGAUAAGCCACAUGCUGAAUAACCCGGAGCUCAUGAGGCAGACAAUGGAAUUGGCUCGUAACCCUGCCAUGAUGCAGGAGAUGAUGCGGAAUCAGGACCGUGCUUUGAGUAACCUUGAGAGCAUUCCAGGAGGAUACAACGCCCUGCGUCGGAUGUACACGGACAUCCAGGAGCCCAUGUUUAGUGCAGCCAGGGAGCAGUUUGGCAACAAUCCUUUUUCUUCCUUGACGGGGAAUUCUGAUAGCUCAAGCUCUCAGCCUUUGCGGACCGAGAACAGAGAGCCGUUACCGAACCCCUGGAGCCCCACGCCCCCUGCUUCCCAGAGCCAGGCGCCCAGCAGUGAAGGGAGCACUGGCUCGGCAACCACCCAAAGCACACCGACUGUCUCCAACCCCUUUGGGCUGAAUGCUGCUAGCAUCGGGGCUGGCAUGUUUAAUAGCCCAGAGAUGCAAGGACUCCUGCAGCAGAUUUCUGAAAACCCUCAGCUGAUGCAGAACAUGAUCUCUGCCCCUUAUAUGCGGAGCAUGAUGCAAACUCUUGCCCAGAACCCGGACUUUGCAGCACAGAUCAUGGUAAAUGUCCCCCUCUUUGCUGGGAAUCCACAGCUUCAAGAACAGCUCCGCCUUCAGCUCCCUGUCUUCUUGCAGCAGAUGCAGAACCCAGACUCCCUCUCCAUUCUCACCAACCCCCGCGCCAUGCAGGCGCUCCUUCAGAUCCAGCAGGGACUCCAGACGCUGCAAACGGAGGCCCCAGGACUAGUGCCAAGCCUCGGCUCCUUCGGCAUGCCUCGAAUGCCCCCGUCCUCCACAGGAGGAAGCACAAUCCCGGAGAACCCCGUUCCCUCCGCUUCGACGCCGGCCAGUGCCUCUCCAGCUGGGGGUGGUAACCCCCAACAGCAGCUCAUGCAGCAGAUGAUCCAGCUGCUGGCCGGAGGAAGCUCUCAAGCGCAGAGUCCUGAAGUGCGAUUCCAACAGCAGCUGGAGCAGCUGAACGCCAUGGGCUUCAUUAAUCGUGAGGCCAACCUCCAGGCGCUUAUUGCCACUGGUGGAGACAUCAAUGCAGCUAUUGAGAGACUGCUGGGCUCCCAGCCUUCCUAAACUCUUGUCAUGCUGCCCCACAGACGUCAGCACAUGCAUCCAUACACAUGCACAGGGGGAUCUUUCAGGAAAGCCCACCAUCAUUUUCAUAUCUGACAGCUGUCCAUGUAUUUAAAACAAAAAGACACAGCUUAACCCCUGACCUUCCUACUAAGUUAAGAUUUCAUGUUGAAAUGCUCUUUAACUGGCUUGUAUGUGGAUUCCAGUUCUCAUCGUGGCCACAGAGACUUCAGAUGUGUAUUUUUUCCUAAAUAUGCCCUCUGU